AUGGACAGGGCACAUAUAUUGGCUGCCUGCUUCACAGAACCAGCAAGAAAAGCAAUGGGGCGAUCAGGAACCAUCAUAUCUGCCUUCCAUUGCAUCUGCAUUGCAGCAGCUGUGAUUUCUGAGUACAAACAGGAAUCCCAGCACCUGACCUCCUGUGAACUGAAGAGAGCAGCCUCCCAGACAAGUGACAACUACAUUCCCCAGUGUACUCUAGAGGGCAAGUACAGGAAUGUGCAGUGCACGAAUGAUGGACAAUUCUGUUGGUGUGUCAACGAUAAGGGUGAUGCGGUGUUAGGUGGCAAUCAGACCACAUCAGCAACUGCCUGCUUAUCAUUUUGCCAGCUCCAUCGUCAGCAGGUUCUGGUGAGUGGUUAUGUGAAUAGCAGCAGUACCUCCUAUAUCCCACAAUGCACAGAAAGAGGGGAGUAUGAGAUGGUGCAGUGUAGCACUGCCCCCAGACAGUGCUGGUGUGUUGACAGUGAUGGGAUGGAAAUCUAUGGAACACGGCAAGACAAACGACCAUCUGACUGUCCCACAAGCUGUGAGGUUCAAGAUCGGCGAAUUCUCCAUGGUAUUGGCGUGAAGUCCCCACCACAAUGUUCAAAGGAUGGGAAGUUCUUGCCCGUCCAAUGUAGGUUCAUCAACACAACCAAUAUGAUGGUCUUUGACUUAGUCAAUAACUUCAGCAGACUCCCAGCUGCAUUCCACACAUUCAGUGCCUUCAGGAGGAGUUUUACUGAUGUUUCUGCUUACUGUUAUUGUGCUGACAGUUUGGGACGGGAGCUUCAGGCCACAGGUCUGGAGUUGUUAUUGGAUGAAAUCUAUGAUACUAUCUUCAAUGAUUCGCAGCUUGGGCACUCGUUCACAGACACUGGCAUUUAUCGCAUUUUGCAGAGGAGAUUUCUCGCUGUGCGACUGCUGAUCACUGGCAGAUUUAGAUGCCCAACGAAAUGUGAAAUUGAAAGGUUCACAGCUUCCUCAUUUGGUAAUGUCUUCACUCCCUCGUGUGAUGACAAUGGAAACUAUCUACCAGUCCAGUGUCAGAACAGAGAUCAGUGCUGGUGUGUAGAUUCCAAUGGACAAGAGAUCUUUGGAACAAGGCAGCAGGGAAGAGAGCCUGACUGCAGCAAUGGUGAAAGUGACUGCAAAUCGGAGAGAAAAAGCAUGCUGUCACGACUCUUCUAUGGACCUGUUGGCCACUUCAGUCGAAAUGAUAUCUUUGCCACACCUACAUCUCUGGGUCCGACACUGGAAAAGAUUGGUGUGUCUGUCAGCCACUGCAGCGCAGACCUGAAGCAACUGUUCACAAAAUCCGGAUUGCUGCUUUCUAUCCCCCAGUCUGUGGACCUGGACAUUGGUCAGGGUGACCUAGAAAUGAUUCUGGGUGAGUUUGUACAAGGGGCAUUUCUAACCAAGGACUUAGCACUCAAUGCCCUUCAGUUUUCUGCAUCCCCAAAAUUCUUUGUCGAAAAUUUGUUUGGAGGCAAAUUUCUGAAGAACCUGGGUCUAUUCAAUUUCACCAGCAGUCUAGGAAAUAGGGGGACAUUUAAUUUCAGUCAGUUUUUCCAGCAAAUUGGCUUAAGAGGGAUGUACAGUGGGGAAAACUUUGUGGAACUUGCUAAAUUGUUUUCUCCGAACGAAGACUCCUAUUUCUCCAAAGGAACGUCAGAAUUCUCCAAGGACACCUUCAACUUGAACCAGACAAUUGAGGACAACUUUGGGCGCUCAGUAAACUUACAAGAGAACCGGAAUAUCGUGAAGCUUAUAACAUUUUUGUUUGAGCAUCGGAAUGUUCUUACAACAUUGCUUGAAGUCAUUAACUUCUUUGGUGGAGAGGAUGAUAAUUUAGCUGAAACUGUCCAGCUGGUGUUAAGGAGUGCUAAGGCUGGUACCUGUGAUGGCCCAACUUCACAUCUCUUUCUUCCUAAGUGUACUGGAGAUGGAGGGUAUGAAGAGGUCCAGUGUCUAGGCACAGUUUGCUGGUGUGUAGACAGUCAAGGGGUGGAGAUUCCAAACACAAGAGUCUCGGGUCAAAGGACACAAUGUCCCACCAAGUGUGAACAAGAACGUCAGCGCUUAACAGACUUGAGAGGACACCAACCGGCGGGAUCAGAUGUGUUUAUUCCUUCAUGUGAAAGUGAUGGUAAUUUUAAGUCCAUGCAAUGUGAUGGGAUGGACUGCAUCUGUGUGGAUCUGCAGGGUAGGAAGACACCUGAACUAAGGAAACUAGCUGGCGGAGGCGUGCUGUGUCCCAGUACUUGCCAAUUGCCUGCUGCGGAAAGAUUUUUAAAAUCAAUUGAGCUACUGCUGUCAGAGCCAAGCUUGCUCUCUGUGCCUGCAGUCUACGUACCUCAGUGCAAAGAAAAUGGAGAGUGGCGACAAGUCCAGUGUGAUGGCCUUCCACAACAGGCUAUUGAAUUUUAUCAACAGUGGAUUUCUCAGAAUAAUGGAGGCCAGGAAAUGCCAUUUACUGCCAUCUUAAAUGAGGUUGUUGAUUACCGCAAAUUAUUUCGUGCUUCCACGAGUUUUGAGAUGUUUGUGAAGGAACUCUACAAGAAGAACCAGCAGCAUGUCUUUGCAGUGUUCUCUCGAUUCCCAACUUUUGACUCAAUUUCUGCUGAUGAUUUUGCAGCUAUUGCCACCUCUAAGCCUGGAACUAAUAUUUUGCUGAAUCCUUACGUGUUUUGGCAGUUGUUGUUCGGUGCUGUGACACACUAUCCUGGUUUAUACUCUGAUUUCAGUGUGAAAUUGGAGAAGGUGGAGCUGCGGAGAUGUUGGUGUGUUGAUGAGAAAGGACAAGAGCUUCCAGGCACAAAGGCUGAAAUGGGUCAAUUUCCCCAAUGCCCGGGAUCCUGUGAUCAUGCUGUUCAACAAGUCUGUCGUUUUGUUAGUCAGGCAGAGGAAAUAAUGGUGGCUUCCAAAGAUUCCAAUACUACCUUUGGCCAGGCUUUUUUAUCUGCCAGUGGUAUACAACUGACUGAGAAUGAAUUUCAGUUCUUUGGGAUGUUUCAAUCAGCUCCUUCCUUUUCUGAAGCUUUGUUGAGUGGAUCUGACUAUGCUGUUCGAUUGGCUGCCCAAUCCAUUCUACAAUCAUACAGGAGAAAUCAAUCCAUCAAGGAAAGGAUUCUUGGGGAAUUAACUCUAAAAGGUUACAGCCCUUACAUCCCCCAAUGUGAUGGCCUUGGAAACUGGGAACCAACUCAGUGCUAUGAGAGCACUGGUCACUGUUGGUGUGUUGAUAACGCUGGAAACUACGUUCCUGGAUCACUGGUUACUCGCUUGACCCAGAUACAUCAGUGUCAGACCCCAUGUCAACGCUCUCAAACAAAUGCUGCUGUGGCUGGAUGGAAAUCUAUGGGUUUCCAGCUAAAUACCACGACCAGGGAAUUAUUUGAUCCAACUUGUUCUGUGAUUGGAGAAUACAAUAUCUUGCAAUGGUCAGAUUCUGGGGAUGGUAAAGCUUGGUGCAUUGACCCAGUGACUGGGAAAGCUUUCCAACUGGCUGUAACUGAUUCAGAUGGGCAACCACAUUGUCCCAGCAGAUGUGAAAUUCUCAAAACUCAAGUGAUGCAGCAGGAGGUGGGCAUAGGGUACAUCCCAGCUUGUGAAGAAUUUGAUGGUUCCUUCUCAGCGGUACAGUGUGAUCAGGGCAAAGGGAGGUGUUGGUGUGUCUUUGCAAAUGGUGAAGAAAUCCCUGGAACACGAAUCAACACAACAACUGGAUCGAAACCGGCCUGCAACCGUCCACAGUGUACAUUACCCUUCAACACUCUAGCUGUGUCAGAUGGCACUGUUCUAUGUGACGAGGUACUGAACGGUCAGUCUCUGCAACUUUGCCAUCUGAUUUGUCGUCAAGGCUACCAAAGUGCAUUUGAUGGGACAAAGUUUGUAUGCGAUGCACAGAACAAUAAGUGGGUCUCAAAAUUUCCACAUCCAGGGGCCUGCCAGAGUAUCAAGGCCCAAAAGAUGAAACAGCUCAGAGAUCCCAUGGCCCUCUCUGGGACCUUCUUCCCCCCACUUCCACCUGGCUCCAUCCCCUCUCCCAAGCCCCCAACUCCUGUCGGGUAUUCACCGGUCUCCAAUGCUGAACGCUCUCUAAGGCUAGCUAAUUUGAGAUUGAAUGUUUUUCUCUGCACUCAGACAGUUGAAAUCAACCUAUUUCAAGUGGUUCAGGCUCAGAGAUGGUUUCGACUUCUGUUGCCUUCUGGGAAAGCGUGUGACAGUGAUUAUUCAGGCUUACUGAAAGCAUUUAAAACCUUCAUUGCCGAUGAUCUGCAAGCAAGAGGAUAUUGUCACGUUCAGGUGAUGAUCUCUGGAGAAACGUUCUUGAUCUCAGUAUGUGGUGACUCAACAGUGUCAGUUGGAUGUUUGAAGACAAACCAUUUAGGAGUAAAUGUUACUUGGAAAAUACAGCUUAAAGAUAUCCCAGCAUCAGCUCUUCCUAACCUGCAUGAUAUAGAAAAUGCUGUCCUGGGGGAUGGGCUGAUUAAACGUUUCACGAAACUGAUUAACAGUGGAAACUAUCACCUCACUGUGGAUUCCAAACAGUUUCUCGCAGAUGUCUUGACCGAUAUUCCUACAGACCAAAGCCAUCACUUCCCACCCUCUGUUCACCUUGGAUGCAGUGAUGGUUACACAAAGAUUUCAGUCACUCAGAGAAGUGGUCACAAUGUUAGCGGGUGUGUUGUGUGCCCAGCUGGCAGUUUUUCUCAGGGUGGCACCUGCAUCCUGUGCCCACUUGGAUUUUACCAGGAGGCUGCCGGAAGUGUCAAGUGUAGAAAAUGCCCAGAAGGAAAAAGGACAGUGUCUCCUGGAGCUUUCUCAGCCCACCUGUGUUUAACAGAUUGUGAAACCAGUCCCUGGAAUCCAAGUUGUGACCCACUAGGACAGUAUAGAGCAACUCAGCAAGACGCUGACACUCAGAAAUUUUUCUGCGUUACUUCAAAUGGAAAGCGGUUACCUUGGACCGAAACCAUCAGCCCUCUCACUGAGUCCGAUUGUAUCGCGUUCCGACAAUUUGACAGCAUUGAUGAAUCCCAACUGAUUCUGAACUCCGAAGGCACAGACAUCAGCAAAGUUUUGCCUGCCCACACUGAUCGUCAGAGGCAGCUUCGAGCUUGUCUCACAGAAUGUUUUGGAAGUGAGAUAUGUAACUUUCUGGCAUUAUAUCACAAAGGGGAGGUUUUCCAUUGUGAGCUUUACAGUACCUCGGAAUCCAACUUGCUCUGCAAAACCUUUGGACAGAAGCAAGGAUUUCUGGGGAGCUCAUCCACAGCCAGAUAUGAUGGGAUUAGUUGCCAACUCAGGAUCAGCGGUAACAGUGAUGGAAAUCUGAGCGUCUACAGGAAGAAGGGCCAUGAAUUCACGACAACAUUUCACAAGAUCUUCCAGCAGACAGAUUUUCGUAAUGUGAUUACAAGCGUGUACCAGGCAGUGGCUUUUUCUGCACGUGGUUCAAGUUUAACAGAUGUACAUCAUUUCUGCAGACAGGCCUGUGGCAAGGAGCAAUGCUGCGAUGGUUUCAUGUUGAGCCAGAUAACCAUUGAUGAAGGUACCUUGCUCUGUGGUCUAAUGAGUUAUCCAGAUGUUCUGCUUUGCAAUGAUAAUGACUGGCAGGUGACAUCACUGCUCGGUGGAGAGGGUGUUUGUAGAGGUGUGAAGUCCAACAUGGAGAAGAAGACAUUUACGUUCAGCUUUGGUGGCGUGGACUUCACUGGCACUUACGCACUUUUAUCAAAGAAUUUUGUGAAUGCUGAGUACUCAACAGAACUGACUCCAGAUGUGAAGGAGGAGAUUCAGAGAUCGUUCAACCCUUUCCAGCGUAUCUAUCUCUGGCAGGAUUCCAACAUGAACACGCGGAUAAAGUCAUCCCCUGAAUGUACUGGGAAAGUUCUUGAAAUUCGACAGACCCCAGAAAUGCCAGAAAACACCAGAGAACACUUCUCACAGCUGAGCUCCAAACUUGUCCGAGUGGAUCUGAACCAGUCUGUUCCAAAUCAGCGUUACCAGCUUUUCAAGCAUCAAUUCCCAAUGAUACAGGCAGAGCUGUGGUGUUUGGCACGUUGCACAGAGGUGAAUGUUUGCAAUGUGGCAACUUUACAGGACCAUGAGGCCCUGCAUUUUGAAUGCGUAUUAUACCCAGACACACAUCUUUGCCAAGAAAGUGAUGAUCGUAAUUUUUCUGAAAUGGACUGUGGCCUUAUCCUACCUGAGGAACCUCAAAUAGUGUACAGGAAAAAAGAUGCGCUAGGAGGACGUGUUAAAAAUUUCUAUACCCGCUUACCAUUUCGUGAAGUGCAAGGUAUCUCAGUAAGAAACAGACUGAAUAUGACUGCAAGAGGAAUCCAAACUGGGUUCUUUGAAUGUGAACGUUUAUGCGAUGAAGAUUCCUGUUGCAAAGGAUUUGGAUUUCUGAAAGACCCACGACUUCCAGAUUUGGAGAUGACGUGUAUGACGCUCAGCAGUCUUGGAAUGCAGUCCUGCAGUGAGGAUUUUCAGAACUGGCAUGUCCUAGACUGUGAGUCAGCUGGCGUGGUAACACUGACUUAUCCCUUUGGAUGGUACCAAAAGCCUGUGAACCAGUGGGAACGUGCAGGAAACAUGUGCCCCCCUGUCAGCCUUCCUUCACUUCCUCGUAAAGUGUUACUGAAUAACUGGAACAUCCUCAAGGUAUCCCCAAGCCUCGAUCCCAUGAUAACCUCUUUUGAUGUUUUGCACAUCAGCAGUGAUAGUCUUAUGAUGACUGAAGAUUUCAGAAACUAUGCCAGAGACAGGUGCCUGUCAGCAUGUGUUUCCAGCCACACUUGUGUUAUCGUUUCUCUUCAGCCUCAGCUGUCAGGGGUCCGAUGCCUUUUUUACCCUGACACCCACAACUGCCACCCUGGAUUGCAAGGUCACAACUGUCGAAUCCUACUCAAGGAAGAAGCAGAGGAGGUCUACUAUAAGAAGACUAUUGGAGGGUCGUGCACUGGUCGUUGUGGGAUUUACCAACCUGGAGAGCCUUGCCAGUGUAACUUGAAAUGUGAAGAUUAUGCAGAUUGCUGCCCUGACAUUCAUACCUGCGCCGACCCUUCCUUAUCAGAAACCCAACCCCAGUUGACAUCCAUUUUGCUUCCGGGUCACGGAAUCUUGUUUGGAUCUAGUCAGGCGGCCCAGGUUGGUGAGGAAUGGAAGAUUGUCAACCGUUUCCUGGGUGUCCCAUAUGCAGCUGCUCCCACUGGUGAUAGCCGAUUCAAGGCUCCAGCAACCUUUAAUUGGACUGGAGAAUGGAAUGCUACUUUCUACAGGCCUAGCUGCCUACAGCCAGGAGAUGCAAAGGCCAUUUAUUCCACUGUAGAUGAAGACUGUCUCUAUCUAAAUAUAUUCGUUCCCAAAAGCAUUGUUAGGAACAACGCUGUGCUGGUCUUCUUCCACAAUGCUGCAGUAGAUUACAAAGGAGAGAGGCAGACAAACAUUGAUGGAUCCUACCUGGCAUCUAUUGGAAACAUCCUGGUUGUGACAGUAAACUAUAGGGUUGGAGUGUUUGGAUUCCUGAGUGAUGACAUUGAUGCAAUGACUGGCAACUGGGGCUUGCUGGAUCAGAUCGCUGCUUUACAAUGGCUGCAGAGAAACAUUGGCUACUUUGGAGGAUCAUCGUCUCAAAUCACUAUCGCCGGAGACCGUGGUGGAGCUGUUAUCACCAGCAUGAACCUCAUUAGGAUAUCUGGCACCAGGCCUUUCAAAAGAGCCAUAUUACUGGGAGGAUCAGCUUUGUCUCCAAAUGCUGUGAUGAGUAAGAAGAGAGCCCAGGAGCAAAUCAUCAAAUUGGCUGAAGAAGUUGGCUGUCCACCUUUGAACAAAACAAUCCUGUUAGCAUGUCUCCGUGCUCUACCGGCACUGACCCUGAACGCUGCGCAGACCAAGCUCCUAGCUGUCAGUGGACCAUUCCAGUCAUGGGCUCCCAUAGUGGAUGGGGUUUAUCUGCAGGAGCCUCCUGUUACAGCCAUAACCCGUGGCCAGUAUCACAAGGUUGAUUUACUGAUUGGGAGCGCAGAUGAGGAUGGGCUUGUUAGAAGAUCGAAAGCAUUCAAGAAACUUGAAGAAUCUUCCAGGAAUUCCACGAGUAAAACAGCUUUCUAUGAAACUCUUCAGAAUGCACUGGGAGGAGAAAACUCAAACUCACUCAUCAAGAAUGCAGCAACUUGGUUUUACUUGCUGCAACACUCUCUGGCUGACUACUCUGCCUUUUCUAGGGCUUUGGAGAACGCCACACGGGACUAUUUCAUCAUUUGCCCUGUUGUAAAGAUGGCUGCUCAUUGGGCCAGCAGAACACGAGCCAAUAUCUUCAUGUACCAUGUACCAGAAAGUCUAUCUCAACACAGUGCAAGCCUUCCCUCAGAUGUGCAGUUCAUUUUCGGCUUGCCCUUUCAUCCAGAGUCUGAGCAGCUAUUCACAGGACAGGAGCGGAGCCUGUCUCUCACAAUCAUCCAGUACAUUGCCAACUUUGUCAAAUCGGGCAACCCCAACUAUCCUUUCGUCUUCUCCACGAACUCUGCUAGUGAGGCUUUACCUCCAUGGCCUCAUUUCUUAGACAGCACCGAUGGCAGUAACUACAAAGAAUUUGCACCUGCCCUCAAAAAUAAGAAAAGUUUGAAGACGGCAGAAUGUUCUUUCUGGAAUGACUAUGUUGAGAUGUUCUUGGCAUCUGCAGGUGAUGUCAGUGAGAAUGAUCUGAGCAGAGAUCAACAUGGCCAAGUCUUCCUGUCAUCAGCCACUCAAACACAACCGCAACCAGCAAAGGAAGUUUACAGUUAAAAUGAAAAUAUCUCCACUGCAGAUGAUUUCAAAUGCUAAUUCUGAUAUGUCUUAGAAACAUUUAAUGGAAAUUGCAUGAAAGAAAAUAGUAAA